AUGAAUACAAGAAUUCCUGCAAGUUCUAUACUCAAGCAGCCGUCGAUCGCGAAAGCUUCUGUACCUUCGAAUGAGCAGGAGACACAAGCUCAGAAGGACAAACGCAAUCUCGACAUCGCGUUGAGACAUGCACAUAAGAUCCAAAACCAGAAAGACGCUGAAGCAAAGAUUUUAGAUCACAUCACCACCUUGAUUGACAUCCCUUCAUCUGCAGAGUUUACUCCACAGGAAGCGCUUAAGUUUCUUACCCUCGUAGUCCUGUUUCAGCCAUCCGAUUUCGAUAGCCUCAUCGAAGAGCGGCACGUCGAUGGUAAAUGCGGGUAUGCAUUAUGUUCCAAGGCUCCUCGGCGAGAGUCCUUGAUGCUCAAGCUCACUCCCGGCGCCUCGAACUGGUGCAGCGAGGCGUGUGCGAGGAAAGGACUAUACGUCAAAGCUCAGCUCAGCAGCGUUCCAGCGUGGGAACGGUCGGCCAAUUAUAAGCCUGAAGUUCAACUUCACCAGGAUGACCAAAAAGUGUUGGAGGAGUUCUUGCGAUCUCCAGAGGCUACUGCAGUGCGGCGGGCCAAUCGAGCCGUCAGGGUAGAUGCUUGGCGUAAAGAAGUCGAGUCGCAGAGUCAAUUGGAGAAGCUUGCAGCUGAACGUGGCGAGAAUGUUCAUUCGUUCCGCCCAGGUCAGAUUCUAGCCGAUGGGAUCAUUGAGAAGACCGUGUCGUCGACUCGUGCCAGACCUCCAGGCUUUGAUGGCGAACUCGACGCGGCGUUCGAUGCAAUUGAAGGAUAUCAGCCGCGUCGCAAAGACAUCAAGUCCGAUGAAGGCGACAGUGGCGAUGAUGAGUAG